AUGGGAGCCCUAACCGCUCGCCAGCUGGCGGCCAUCCAGGCCUCCGAGCGGACAAUGUCGAUCCUCUCCAUUGUCGGCUCUCUCUUCAUUAUCACCACAUUUUCUCGAUGGCACUACUUUCGAAAGCCUAUCAAUCGACUGGUCUUCUACGCGUCAUUCGGGAACCUCAUGUGCAACGUUGCGACUCUGAUUUCGCUGUCCGCCUUGCCCAGGCCCCCAAAUCACUUCUCCAGUCUAUGUGAAUUCCAAGGAAUUCUGAUCCAAUGGUUCAUGAUGGCAGACUCUCUGUGGGUCUUCUGCAUGGCUCUCAAUGUAAUGUUGGUCUUCUUCUACAAUUACGACUCUCGCCAGCUUCGUCACUUGGAGAAAUGGUAUCUGCUCUUCAGCUAUGGGCUCCCCGGAAUCCCUGCAAUAGUAUACAUUAUCCUCGAUCAUGUCGGGCCGCAGAGGAUCAUUGGCCCUGCGACUAUCUGGUGCUGGGUCUCUGCUGAGGUCGAGUGGAUGCGCCUCGCCUUUUUCUAUGGACCCGUCUGGGUCGUUGUCUGUGCCACCCUUAGUAUAUACAUUGUGACCGGGCGCAAGAUCUUCAAGAAGCGCGCCGAACUUCGGUCAUUCUCCAAGAGAGCAUCCGAUCCAGAAGCCAAGGCCACUACGCUGUCCAACCCCUUCACCGCUGGCGACUUAAGGAACAUCAAGGUGGAGACCGAAUUGAAAGUGGAAACGCACACCACACUUGAGCAAGAUUCCGCGCCCACAACUCUAAUCUGCGGUAACGAGUCUCGCAGCUCUUUUGCUAGUACGAGGCACCUCUCCAAUUCCAUGGAAGCGUCAGGAUCUGCCGAGCCUCGCUUCUCACGCGUGAAAUGCGGUGCAAGCUCGCCUUUGGGUGCUGAGGUUACAGUGCCGAAAAGUGUGAAUGAACCGGACACCGGGUACCGAGCUACUGCCUUCUCCACCAACCAGGUCAGCGGUGCAGAAAUAAAGGCGCCUCGUUUGCUCUCAAUCGGCACUGGCAAUCCCAAUCGACGCCGAAACGCGGCCAUGGAAGGAAAUGCGGCUGCCUGGGGCUACUUCAAGGUUGCCUUCCUCAUGUUCACGGCUCUCUUUAUUGUCUGGGUCCCAUCGACCGUCAAUCGGCUGCAACAAUUCAUUCACCGGGACAACGCGGUUUACGGACUCAACCUCGCAUCGGCAAUGGUUCUCCCAUUACAAGGGUUCUGGAAUUCGAUGGUAUAUAUUUCGACAACCUGGCCGGAGUGCAAGCGCGCCUUCGCAGAGACGAUGGACUUUCUCUCAAGGGAUCGCCGUGCACGGAGGCCUGUUUCAUAUGAGAACGACGUCGACUACAAAUGUAAUGCGAACGAAACGCGCGAAUUUGGACCCGCGAUCUCCCUCCACCGGAUGACGAGCAUUUCUGAUUCGGAGUCAUCGCAUCUGCCCCGGGUCUCAAGCACAGAGAUGAUGAAAUCUCCGGUCUCUCAUCACGAGAGAUGA